UUACAGACACUUAAUCCCCCAACUACAAUUCAUUUUCAAUCUGUCAGACUCUCUAUCUUAUCAAAUUAAUAAAACUUGUUGUGUUUAUGUCAUACAUUAUUUUUCGUGACUAUAUAUUGCAUUGAUAGCUCGAAUUAAAUUAAAUUUUUCCAUUCAUAAAACAUGAGCAGCUUCAAUUAUCAUAGUCUCGAAGAGUGUCUUAACAAACACAUUCCAGCCAACGAUUUGGGAGAAGUUAAGCGCUUACUUUACGGUCGACCAAAUGACCAUGAAAUCACUCUGGACGCAGAAACGAUACAACUGUCCGAAGAACAUAACUUCGAAGCUCGAGGAUAUGCGUUUACGGCCGAAGCAGAACAGUCUCGAGAGCCACGCAUCGUCCGAAUAGCAGCUGUGCAAAAUUCGAUCGUUGAACCGACAACGGAGAAAAUCAGCCUUCAAAGAGACUCUCUGCACAUAAAAAUCGGCAUAAUUAUCCAUGCUGCAGCUGCGUCGAAUGUGAAUAUAAUUUGUCUUCAGGAAGCGUGGACAAUGCCAUUCGCAUUCUGUACUCGAGAAAAACGACCAUGGGCUGACUUUGCUGAAGAUCCUGAACACGGUCCGACUACAACGUUUCUACGUAAACUCGCACAAAAGUACAACAUGGUCAUCAUAUCGCCAAUUCUGGAAAGAGAUACCGAUCACGGUGAUCAGCUGUGGAAUACGGCCGUUGUCAUAUCAGACUCGGGAAAUUAUAUGGGAAAGCAUCGUAAGAAUCAUGUGCCUCGAGUGGGUGCUUUCAACGAGGCUACAUACUAUUUCGAAGGCAAUACGGGUCAUCCGGUGUUUGAGACACGGUUUGGCCGAAUAGCAGUAAAUAUUUGUUACGGUCGACAUCAUCCUCAGAACUGGAUGAUGUUCGGUUUGAAUGGUGCGGAAAUUGUUUUUAAUCCAUCUGCAACGACUGCCGGAAUAAGUGAUCCAAUCUGGGCGAUCGAAGCACGGAAUGCAGCUGUGGCUAACAGUUACUUUACAGUCGCUAUUAACCGUGUGGGAUCUGAAUAUUUUAAGAAUGAAUUUACCACAGCCAAUGGAAAGAAAGCUCGACAUGAAAUCGGCCCAUUUUAUGGUUCAAGUUAUGUUAGCGCACCAGAUGGUACACGCACGCCGGGUCUCUCACGUGACCGUGAUGGUUUACUGAUAGCUGAAUUGGAUUUGAAUUUGUGUCGCCAGUUGAAAGACUACUGGACGUUUCGCAUGACUCAACGAUUGGGUGAAUACGGUGCGAAUUUUACGAGAGCUGCUCAAGUCGACUAUAAACCACAAAUUAUUAAGGAACGGAAGCCUUCACAUUUUGAGCAACAAAAAAAGUAGAAUUUUUAAGGAGCCGAUGCCAAGGAAGUACUCGUGUUGGGCUCUGAUGCUGUUAACGGUCAAUACUCGAUCAAUUUUUUUGUUUGAUUUGUGACGUACAUUCAAUCAAAUAUCCGAUAAAUUAAUAAAGAAAA